CUUAAACGAAAAAGAUUUGAAGAAAGACAAUACAAAUCGUCAUCAUAAUGGCCUAAAUAAUAACCAUUCGAGGUAAUUGAUGAAUAACUUAAAUGUAAUUUACUUUUAAAAUCUUUAAUAAAUGUAAUAAAAAUUCCAACCAUUAACAUUAACUUUUUACAACAAGUAAAACUAAACAUUGAGUAACAACUUAGUAUCAUUUCUCACACACUAGUUCCGAAGUGACUAAACUGGAUAGCUCUGUUAAUUCUUAACUGUUCUCCCUGGUUUUCACUCGUUUCCAACCAUCAAACUGACGUUAAGUCAUUUGAUCAAUUUCAAAAGUUGAUUCUUUUUGGAUUUAUUUUAUUAUUUUGGUUAGGGUUGGAGUAGGGACUGGGUUGGUUACAUAGCCAUUUAACACCUCUUCCGGAAAUGACGUCACGUCAGCCGUUCUUCCUAGAGGUCCAGUAAUUAAAGUCCACCCUAUUCCUUUUAUUGGUCUACUAUACCAACCAGUGUGCUGCCUUCCUAUCCCUAAUCUAAAUGUAAUCCAACACCUAAAUCAAAUCCAAUCUCCUUCCAUUUCUAACUCCAGUCUUAAUCUUCAUUUUUUUAGGAUCAGUCGUAACAUUUCCGGCAAGAUAGUGAAUACCAAACGUCCUCCAGCCCCGGGCCGACCUAAACCAGGACUUCCACCAAGACCAUCCUUACCAAAAUGCCGCACACUGUACGCGUAUGACGCACAGGAUACUGAAGAAUUGAGCUUUAACGCCGGGGAAGUUGUUGAUAUCUUGAAAGAAGGUUUGUUGUGUUGUGUGAAAUACAUCGUUGUUUACCAUUUAUAUGCAUGGUUAUGGCUACGUUUCCACUAUACCUGAUAGCUUUCCGUAGCGGCGCGAAAAAGCACCUAUCCAACACGGUUUGUGCAACUUUCAGAAGCUGAGCGAAACAACAUCUCUCCGUUGCAAUAAUUCCUCUGAAAAUAGCGUUCCUAAAAGGUAUGGAUACGUGUUUUUUCACGUCGCUACGAAAAGCUAUCCACCACAGUGUAACCAUAGCCUUGAACUCGAAUUCAAAAUUGGAAAAUCCCGUCGGCAAAGCAUGCGCGUUUUAUUUACUCAAUACGGUAUCUGAGACCUCUGAUCUGAGGCAUACGCCUGUAUGCCUCAGAUCAAUGCUGUUUUUGAAUAGCUGGAGGGUGAGUAGUCGCAUAGUAAGGUACGACACUAACCUUACAGCUAUUCAAAAAUAGCACUGCCACUCAAGGGAAGCUCAGAUUGAACCUCCACUCAUUGAGUGUGAGUGAGCUUUUAGAAUACAGGCGAUAGAUUUCGAUAAAUACUUACAACGCUUAUUAUAAAUUCCAAUAUGGCGGUUCCGUAAUCAAAACUUUCUAUCUGAUAUUUUCAGAGGAUUCUGGAUGGUGGACGGGUCGUCUACGAGGAAAGGAAGGACUAUUUCCAUACAAUUAUGUGGAAAAAAUCUAA